CAGGCGGCCGAGCUUCCACCUCUAUUUCACACUUUUUUCACAGCUGGAAAAGAUCGUGAAACGGGAAGAAAGAAGCGAAAAAGAAAGUUCCACUUCAAAUUCAAUGACAAGCAAAGAGGAUUGGAAAGAGGAAAGCACCAUUUUGAAGCUUUUACGCCUGACGAUUCUUUCUGCAGAUGUAGAUCAUUGCCAUAACGUUUUGAGUAGUUCUUCCAAUUUCGGUAUUGCCCAUGUUGAUUUCCCGCCGUUUCUUCUUCUCAACCAACUCGUUCAAAAGCACUCUAAGCAAACAGUCAUGUAUAAGAUAUCUCCAAAACUGCAAAACCUUGAACCAGCUCAAACAAGUGCAGACCCAGAUUUUCAUGGGGGGAUUACAGCAAAGCAGAGGCACUCUCCACAAGAUCAUGGCCUUCUGCACUGACCCAUCUCUUGGGAACUUGCAGUACGCCGAGAAGAUAUUCGGUUUCAUUCAAGAACCAACUUUGUUCGUUUAUAAUGUUAUGAUUAAGGCUUUAACCAAGAAGGGUAGUUUUAGAAGAGCCAUUUUGGUUUUUGAGCGCUUGAGGGAAGAGGGUUUGUGGCCUGAUAAUUUCACUUACCCGUUUGUGAUGAAAGCGAUCGGGUGUUUGGGAGAGGUUCAGGAAGGGAAAAAGGUUCAUGGGUUUGUGGUGAAGACCGGGCUUGAGUUUGAUACUUAUGUUUGUAACUCGCUCAUUGACAUGUAUGGUCAUUUGGGUAUGCUUUUAUAUGUCGAGAAGUUGUUCGAGAAAAUGUCUGAAAGAGAUUCGGUUUCUUGGAAUGUCACUAUUUCUGCGUUUGUGAGGUGGGGGAGGUUUUCUGAUGCUGUUAGUGUUUUCAGACGGAUGAGACUAGAGAGCAACGUGAAGCCUGAUGAACCUACUAUUGUAAGCACCCUGUCAGCUUGUAGAGCACUGAAAGAUUUGGAACUUGGUGAGGAAAUUCACGAUUAUGUUCGGAACAAGCUUGGUUUUACUGACAGAAUCAACAAUGUGUUGUUGGAUAUGUAUGCGAAAUGUGGUUGGUUGAGCGUGGCCCGGGAAAUUUUUGAUGAGAUGCCGACUAAGAAUGUCAUCUGUUGGACUAGUAUGGUAUCUGGUUAUGUAAAGUUCGGUAAGCUUGAUGAAGCUAUAGAAUUGUUUGACAGAAGUCCUGUUAGAGAUGUUGUGCUUUGGACCGCUAUGAUCAAUGGAUAUGUGCAGUAUAAUCGUUUUGAUGACGCAAUGGAUCUAUUCCAGGAGAUGCAAAGCAAAAGAGUUAAAGCUGAUAAAUUUACUAUGGUUGCUCUGCUCACAGGUUGUGCUCAAUUGGGAGCUCUAGAGCAAGGGGAAUGGAUUCAUGGCUACAUAAAUGAAAAUGGAAUUGAUAUUGAUGCUGUUGUUGGUACUGCUCUUAUAGAAAUGUAUGCAAAAUGUGGGUGUAUUGACAAAUCUCUGGAAAUCUUCAAAGAAGUGAGGGAAAAAGAUACAGCCGCUUGGACUUCAAUUAUUUGUGGGCUUGCCAUGAAUGGUAGGAGUAGCAAAGCACUGGAGUUGUUCUCAGAAAUGAGACAGGCUGGCAUUAAUCCUGAUGAUAUUACCUUUAUUGGUGUUUUAAGUGCAUGUAGUCAUGCAGGCUUGGUUGAGGAAGGCCGCCAGUUCUUUCACUCGAUGAUGGAAAUUUAUAUGAUCGAACCAAAGUAUGAACACUAUGGGUGUCUGAUUGAUCUUUUUGGUCGAGCAGGAUUGUUAGAUGAAGCAGAGGAGUUGAUAGAAAGAAUCCCAAAUGAUAGUAAUACGGUAUUAGUUUCACUAUAUGGUGCGUUGCUUAGUGCAUGUAGAAUCCAUGGAAAUGUGGAGAUGGGUGAACGAGUUGCUAGAAGGCUGGCAGAUAUUGAAUCAAGUGAUUCUAGUGUUCACAUGCUUCUUGCCAAUAUCUAUGCCUCAGCUGAAAGGUGGGAAGACAUGACAAAGGUGAGAAUGAACAUGAAAGAUUUUGGAGUGAGAAAGACGCCUGGCUGUAGUUCAAUUGAGAUUAAUGGCGUCGUAAGCGAGUUUGUUGCUGGAGAUGUAUCUCGGCCAGCUUCAUGUCGUGGAGAAUGAUCAAAACCUUGUUGGGAAAGAUAAGACUGUUGGAAUAGAAAGAGAAAUGUAAUCCCAGAAAAUAAUUGAUGAUUUUAUUGGGAAUUUUUUCCAGCUAAAGAUUGCACAUCAUUUAUCCACUGAAGAAAAGCAGGUUCGUCUCUGAGUGCGAGGUAGAUUUGGGUUUGUAUAUGCCGUCUUCACCGCCCGUCACACUAUGGGAGCUGACCAUGCCCAAAGUCGUUACCUUAACCGCAAGGAGGGGGAUGCCGAAGGCAGGGCUAGUGACUGGAGUGAAGUCGUAACAAGGUAGCCGUACUGGAAGGUGCGGCUGGAUCACCUCCUUUUCAGGGAGAGCUAAUGCUUGUUGGGCAUUUUGGUUUGACACUGCUUCACACCCAAAAAGAAGCAAGCGAGCUACGUCUAAUUUAAACUUGGAGAUGGAAGUCUUCUUUCGUUUCUCGACGGUGAAGUAAGACUAAGCUCAUGAGCUUAUUAUCCUAGGUCGGAACAAGUUGAUAGGAUCCCCUUUUUUACGCCCCCAUGUCCCUCCCGGGUUAGGCCAGUAAAAUCAUAUUUUAUCCAUUCCACUGCAUCAUGGUGUCGGCAAUGCUUCUCUUCUUAGAAAUUACUUAGUAUGGUACUAUUUUGUUUGACUUGUAUUCUAAAUAUUGGUUAAUCGUAUUUCUUUUUCAUUUUA